AAGAGAUCAUUCCUUUGAAGACUUUAUGCACUCACAUGGAUAUAAGACCACUGUUUUUAUAAUGUGGAAAUACCGUUCGGUUGUGAGCUAUUAAAUGAAGAUGAACCUCGGUUGAUACGCACCCGUACUCUUCCAUAAUAUUAGAAUGGGGGCGCUUAUUAACGAAACACAUUUCAAGGGGGCGCUUAUUGGAAGGAGGGCGCUAAAUCGAAUCACAGUUUUGGAGGCCGUCUUGACGGGUAAGCAACCACCUGAAAAUAUACAGUGUUGAGUGUAAUUUCUUUCCUUCUUGCCGAAUAAAAUUUCCCAGGAAAAAUUGCGGACAAAUGUCUGGAAAAUCUAAAGCAAGCGACCGGACAAAUUUAGGCACGGGUGCGGCCCCCAUUAAUUGUUAGUACAAUCCUGUCAAGCUUAAGUUUACAAUUCUUUUUUGUUACACUGGACGAAAAAAUGGAUUUACUAGGGUAGCCAAAUUACAGCAAAUGUGUAGCAAAUACCACAUUUGCACAAUUUUGCGCAAGAGCAAAGACUGAUAUUGCACUAGAUUUGCUAUCCGUAGCAAUGACGGUAAAUGCCACAUUUGCACAACAUUUACAUCUUGGUGCAAAGAUAAUGGGCAGCCAUGGAUUUGAGGGUCAUUUGCAGAUGGUUCAAAUGUGUAGGCAAAUAUGUUUCUUUGAACUAUAUUUGCACAUUACGCAAAUGAUAGCGCAAAUCUGCUGUUUUGCACAGCUUUUGCUUUAGAUGUAAAAGCAUGUAAACCUGUUAUUUUCAGAACGUUUACGCAGCUUUACAAAUGUGAGCGAAGUAUCUAAUUUGAACAAUGUUUGCUUGGGUUAUCAUGGGUGAUCAAAUUUCCAUAAUUGAACCAGAUUGCUUUGCAUGGCAAAUGUAACCAAACUCUUUGUAUUAAACAUGUUUGCUCACGAAGCAAAUGUUAGCAAACCUAAACUUUGAACAAAUUUUCUAGGGUGUGCAAAUUUGAUCAAACACAAAAUUUUGCUUGUAGCGGCAAAUGUGGUCAAAAGUCAAGUUUUGAACAAAGUUGCUUGGGCAGCAAAUCUGAUCAAACUGGUAGUAUUGUACAAUUUUUCGCUCAGGUAGCAAAUGUAAUCAAAUUCUGACUUUAAUUUGGUUAGCAAAUGUCAUCAAACCCAUAAAAUUGAGCAUGUUUUCUCCAGUAGCAAAUUAAUGUAAAUUCCAAGGUUUAAACGAGUUUGCUUGGGUUGUAGCAAAUGCGAUAAAAUUUUAAAAAUAUUUUAAAUUAUAAUAUGGCCCACUUCAGUUUCUUAACAAGUGGCCAUAAUUAAUCAAACAUUAAAGUUACUGAAAGAAAUUCUAGCAGUGACCUCCCAUUAAUGUUCAAAUGAUUUAUUCCAUAAACCAAAGUGGCUUACACAUUAUUACAGACAUUACAAACUACAGUAUAAAGCUGUACAUACAGCUCUUCAUAUUAAUUCCCAAUUUUACUGUUCGUUGAUGUUUACUUGUCUCCACUCUAUGCUCUAUCAGAUCAUUACUAACUAUUAAUAUUAUAAGAAAAGUGUUCUUCAUCUAAAUGUGUAAGAUAUUCUACAUACAGCUGUAGGUGUUUCAGAGUUGCCUCAAACCUAUUUCAGUUCUUUAGGUUUUUGCAACUCAGAAACAGGUUAAAAAUCCUUUCACCCUUGGACCAAUAUUUACUUAUGACAAGACUAUUUCUUACUUAAACUUUUGUAUCUAAGGACCAAAUCCUGUUUCAACGAAAUGGAACCCUCAAGACACCCAUUUUAAUAAAUAAUUAGUAUUUUUGUAUUUAUUGCUAUUUACAGAUUAAACAAAAUUUGAUUCUGGUGGCAUUUUUUCCUUUAGGCUCUAUUAGCAUGAAAGGCCUAAUUCUUGCUACCAAUUUACAAUUUUUGCUGGUAUAACAACUGUGUUAUAGCAUUUAGCAAACUAAGAAAUAGUUUAGGUACAUAUAGCUAUUCAAAUUCAGAUCAGACUUCUUUAACUUCAUUUUCGUUGCUAAUGGUUCCUGUAUGGUAUUGGAUAUGCUCUUAGAGGAAGUACCAGCCGGAGCUUCUAGUACUUGCCCCGUUCUAAGAAAAUUGAGGGUCAUGAAAGUAAUGACCAGCUAUAAGUAUUCCACAGCAUGUCAACAUUACCAUUGUCACUGUAGUUGGUCCCAAUGAAAGAAGCUAAUAAUUAUUUUAAAGUCAGUAUACAUGUACAUGUAGUACAAAAGGUUGAUCUGGCUAGCCUGCAAAAUAACUACACUGCUGUCUCUCAUUACUCUUUUUCUUGAGUCAUGUUGCAAUCCUUUGCAAAAUUCCGUAAUAAAUCAUGACAAAAAGCAGGGUGUACCUAAAUUUGUUUUGUUUUUUUGUUCAAGCAGGUCAGUUGCAAAUUUUGCUGUAAUCGGUACAAAUGUACUGUGAAGUGGUGCCAGCAGAACUCAAAUGCCUGCAGUUAAGCAAACAGAUUUAAAAGAAACAUGUGUACAUUAAUUGGCCUUUUUAACCUGCUGACUGGUACAUUACUUGCAAACAAUAGCCAAAGGAUUCUAAUGAAAAAUUUAUCACAUCAACCAAUUUGAUCUACCUGCCACCAGAUUCUCAGGACAAAUCAACACCAUCAGGAUUUGUACUGUUUACACAGAUUUAUCUUUUUCUAAAAAACAGUGUCAUAAACAGAGAGUGAUUAAAGGAUUACUGUAUUUGCAGAGCUACAUGUACAUGUACCUGUAAGUAUGACCAGUCAUAAAUAAUCUGGAAUUUCUUUAAGAGCCUUGGAUUAACUUAUAUUUCCUUAUCACAAAGCAAAUUCAGGAGCAUUAUCUGGUGCCUCCUGCUCUGAGGAGAAGCCAUUCGUCCUUUCUAUCGUCAUUGAGUAAUGACAAGCUUACAUGUGACUGUUUUAAUUUUGCUUUACUGUUCAGCUUGGCAAAGAGGUUUUUACAGGCUAAGUUGUUGACUCCUCCAUGCUAGAGGCCUCCUGCAAAGCAUCUCCUUGGUCUGUAUUGCCUUGCUCUGAAGACAUGUACUCCACAAUUAUACAAGCUUUGAACUUACAACAAUCCUUCUUCGAAAUAGAGGUUGACUGGAAAAGGGUUGUCUCUUCAGCUUUUUCUGCAACAAACAGAAAUUAUACAUAAUUGAGACCAUUAAUAUUGAAACUAAAGCUGUAGAUGCUUGUCAUGAAAAAUACUAUUGUCCUUUUCUGUCUAAAUAUUCUAGCCUCUUAUAGCAAAAAAGGUUGCUAUUAGAUAUUACAUGUAUUAUUACUGGCUCAGUCACACUAGGUGACUAAACUUACUUAUUUCCUGAGUUAACUGAUAUCAAAAUUAACUAGUUUAAACAAAUUGCUGGCUUGUAACUUUAAUGUCUCAAAUCUAACCCCAAGCGGUCAUCAUAAUCCUGAUUACACUGUACCUGUUAAAACUAAGACCUUCUUUGAGCAAAAACAAAACGAAAAAAUGAAUGCGAGAAACCCUUUUGUAACAAGACAAUUGACUCCAGGUAAAUCAUUGUAUUAAUUUUAUAGUGAGUGUCCCACUACAUCACUACCAUAACAACAUUAUUGACAUAUUACUUAAAACUUUAUGAACCUGCUUCUUCUGCAAUAUUGCCAUCACUUACAGUGUAUCUUGGGAACAAAAGUUUAAUUACCGUAUUUAUUCAAUUAACCACCCUGGGCGCUUAUUAAAUUUUUGGGCCUUGAUAGUGGACGCUUAUUCGAGGUGGGCGCUUAUUCGAGGCUGGGCGCUUAUUAAAUUUUCGCCAUUCUCAGCAAGUGUAGUAUGUUUAUUUUGCUACAAAAUAAUAAAUGGUAAUAACAAAAAGCGAAGAAGUAACAAAGCAAGGUUUCAGCCCAAUCUGUAAAAUACUCUGAAGAAAACUCCGUCUUCGGGAGGGUCUCUUAUUAUGUCUUAUUUGAGUUUGUGUGGGAGGGAGUGGGGUGGGGUGGGCGCUUAUUCGAGGCUGGGCGCUUAUUAACUUUUUCUGCCUUUGGGAUGGGCGCUUAUUCGAGGUGGGCGCUAAUUCGAGGUUGGGCGCUUAUUCGAAUAAAUACAGUAUACUAUAAUUGCCUCAUAUGAGAGAAUCCAAGACAGUUUUAGAUUCUGGAUUCCACGCUGCGGAUUCCGGAACCUUUUUCAGUGGAUUACUUGGUUUCUGGAUUCCAAUCGUUUGACUUGUAUUUCAGGUUUCAAAGCUCAGAAUUUAGGAUUCCGCAACAAAAAUUGCCCGAAUUCUGUAUUCCAUAAGCAAAAAUUUCCCGGAUUCCAGAAUCCCUUACAUGGGGUGAUCAUAAAAAACAAUCAGUGAAAGCAGGGUACCAUGAUCUAAAUUCUAGCUACACUAUGUUUUCAGCACCAUGGCAGUCACUGCCUUUACUCCCCUUUUAAAUUUUGGAAAAGCCUUUGGAGAAAGUAGGCACUAGAGGAUAAGGUUAAUUUUGGCCUAAUAGAGGGGAAUUAACGCUUGCUUCAAUUCUUAUUAAAUUUUCCAAGACCAUUUAUCUGAAGAGAACAACCAAACAAAAGAUUACAGUAUUUUUUUACAACAACAGGACAAAUAAAGUUUCAGGAGUAGGGUGGUCCUUGUUGAUUACUGAAUAUUGGAAUGCAAAUGUCGGUAUUAUCAAAUAGCAUCAUUAGCGGCUUAACAGUAACAACGAACUUUCUUAUACUUACUGAGCAUUUCUUUUACUCCCGAUUAGUUGCUCCCUCAGCAUUUGUUUGUCCUCAACAUUUCUCCUGCCUCUUCUUAGUUUUACAAUGUCUGCUAAUUAAAACAGCAUCGAUUCACCGAAAUCUAUUUACUAAGUACUAACGGCUGCUUUUCUUGGAUCCACUCGUUACUACUUGAUCGUCGCCGAUGGAGAUAUCUAGAUGUCUUUCAUGGUGGAUUUUCGUCGAAGGAUCUAUAAGUAUGCAGUUCCCUCGAGUUCGAGCGAUUAUUUUUAUAAGUUCUUCGAGGACACAUUCGUUCGAUAAAUUCGAACAAAUAAGACUGGCCGAUUCCUCCAUACUCGACAGUCAACCCCACAAAGAAGGAAAAUUCGAAACCUCUUGAUAAAUAUGGCGUUAAACGUACGAAGUAAAAGCUGAUGGCAAAUCGAUGGCAGUGGAACGCGUUAACGGUCGACGAAUUUCAAUUGUUGUGCCUCGUUCUCGAACGGUUAUGCAGACUGUCGCUGACCAGCACCACUGAGGCGCAAAUCCUUGGGAAAUCGGACGCGCGGUCUUUUGGCGAUUUGGCGGGAGGAAGAGGUUGCCUAUGUUGCUGGAUUUCUUCUCAAGGAUGUUCGAAAUUUAAAAGGUAAAGUCGAUGUAUUUUGCUUUGUAUAUCGUGCUUCUACUGCCACAUCUAUGUUAUAACCGGGAAUAAACUACAUUUGCAUCCAUAUUUACAUUUGUAGCAUGUAUGAGCACGCGUGUCGCGUGCGUAUAUGUGGUAGUGAUCCAGCUGAAAAAAGCCUUGUUGAAAAAUUUAAGUGGUGUUAAGUCAGCAAAAUAUGUAGUUAUGCAAUGUUAAAAUGCUAAUUUAUUGGUAUUUGGCAGAAGUAGCUCAAGAUUAAUUGCUUGAGUAAUUUAUGCUACCUCUGGUGCUAUAUUGACAUAUUGAGCGUAAUACCUGUACAUGUACCAUUGAUUUUGACAGGGGUAGGGUGGAGCCUUUAUUUUAUAUACGUUCAGCGUGCAAAGAAAGUAGUGUCCGAUAGCCCGGGGCUAGCGGAUUUUGCUAUCGGGCUAGUAAAUUCUGUUCUUCACUUGCCCGACGGGCAAGUAUAAUGCAGUUUGAGGAAUUCACCUUACAGAAGAACUGUUAAAUCAAAAAUUUUGUGGGUAGUUGAAAUGACGUUUGGGCUAGUAAAUGUUAGCUUCAGCUUGCCCAAAUGGCAAGCUGUAAAAAUGACUUUCUUUGCACCCUGUACGUUACUGUCAUUUUUUUUUCUGUUUUGUUUUGUCAUGUUUUUCAUAUACAAAGUUGUUUUUUGUUUAUAAUAGUUUAUAAUGAUACAGCUGUACAUGUAAGCUGAGUCAAAAGGUCAAAAAUGCUAAAAUGUGCCACAUGUGUAUUUAUAAUGUUCAUAAAGAUAAUGGCAACACAAGUAACACAAUUCAUUUAAUUUCACAAUAUUAUCAAUAAAGGUAGAAUUAACAGUUAUUUUUAGUGGGUUUAGUGACUUUUUUGUGUAUUUGUUUCAGAUUUUUCCUUGAGUGGUACUGGAGUUAUUUCCAAUGUUCUUGAAAUUGAGUUGCAUCACCUGAACUCUCAAAAGAUAAAGAGGUCAAUGAAAUACAGGUUCAACAUGGGAAGCUGUUUGUGGUCUGUGCAUGAAGAAAUGCUACAGGGGUAUUCCAGUGGGUCUCAAUUUAUUUACAGUAAUCAUUUUUUCCUCUUCACAAGAUGACAGAAUUGAAGCUUAUAUACUGAAUGCUCGCAUCCAUCAAUACCCCAUCUGUUUGGGGUAAAUGUCACAAAACAGAAACCUCACAUGUACUUCCUUGGGUUAUAUUUUUACCAUCUUUACAAUAUUAUUUUUCUUGUUCUUUGUGCUUUGCCCUGCUAAGGAAAUUCAUGUCCCUUUCACAGUGUUCUGCGGGAACAUAAUGUACUGAAAUUGUGUGAAGCUAUAGAACAUUUGCACUCAUACAGGUUUCCCCACAGAGAUAUAAAGAGUGACAACAUUAUUCUUACAGAGGUAAACAAUAUGUACUACCCAAUGCUCAUUGAUUUUGGAAAGGCUAUCUUGCUAUCGGAUGCCCCUUCAAAACAGCAGUCCAUGACUGCUCACUAGCACUGACAUAUAGCUUAAGAAAUAUGCCUCAGAUAUUAUGUUUUAAAAGACAAAAUCAUAUUGAACUCAAAAUCAGGGUUGUAAAGAGCAGCAAAGAAAUUAUUCAUUCAUGUCUGUGCUGAGUUUCUAUUCAAAAUGAUAUGAAAUACAAAGCAAUUUCACCAUUUGUUGUAGUAUUGGCUGUUGGGCUUUCAAAAUGUGGCCAUUUUUAGGGAGGCUUACCAUCAAGAUGUGGUCAUCUCUAGGUAUAGUCAGUGAAAACUAGAACAAAUAGCGGUAAGAACAAAAUUGUCAGUUUUGAUGUGAAUUUUCUUGAAUAAAUGGCCAUGAGGAAAUUGUGUACAAGUGAAUAAUCUCAACCCUGACUUUGAAAUGCACAGAACCUUUUUUUUUUUUUUACCAAAUUUAAGGUACUGUGGGUGGCCUUGUUAUUGUUAGCUUUUUAAUAAUAAUAUUAUGAUGUAGAAAAAAUACAGUAAAUGAUCUGACUACUGGACCUUUGUCCAGUAGAUUUGUUGUAGUGUAUUUACUUAAUGUAAAGGGGAGGUAGUGUGGGCCCUCUGUAACUGUAUACAACAGUUACUGUGUCAUUUUGAAUUUUUAGUUUUAGUAAUUGGAGAUCCCUGCCCAUUGUGCGACCCUAGGCUUUACUAUUAUCAAAUGACAGAAGGGGAAUGUAACACAUGCCCAGGUUAUGUACCAUUGACUCACUUCGAAGUGGUUAUGUGAUUUAGAAUUGGACCCAAAAAAAGACCGGGGCCCAGUUGUUCCAAAGACCGAUUAGCACUAACCCAGUGCUAGAUUUUAACCUGCGUUUCUUUUUCCUUUUAAUCAAAAGCAUUUUGUCAGAUAAUUUUCCCUUUUUUUUAAGUAUCAAAUCACCAAAUUGUAGACAAAAGGAAUUCAAAUGAAUUUGUUUUUAAAACUGUCAUAUCUGAAUUCAUAUUUCAUACUAACCUUGGGUUAUCUUAACCAGCUUUAAACAACCCAGCCUGGAAGGAUAAUAAAUGCUGCAUGUUAAUUUGUUUCACCGCCUUAGUUUUUUCUUUAUAGCUUACAACUUUUCAUGAUCCAAGGCCAACUCAGAGCUCCUGUAACCCAGUAGGGGUCUGUUCAUUUUUUAAGGGGGGGGGACCCUCUCUUCAUCCUUGUAUCCCAAGAUCAAAUAACCAGGAUUCAGGUGAAUUUUAGCCAGCAAAAAUGCUAUGACUUUUUUUGGAUUGAAUAGGUAGUACUUAAUGAACAGUGAGACUCAAACUCAGGGUUGCAAACAACAAAGUUAGAAAAAUUAGCCUUUCAUAAAUUUGUCAGCUGAGUUAAUGUUCAAAUAAAAUUGUGAGCAGUUUCACCAUAUUUUGUUGUAGUAUUGGCUGUUGGGUUUUCAAAAUGUGGUCAUUUUUAGGAAGCCGGCCAUCGAGAUGUGGUCAUCUCUAGGUGGGCAGUCAAAACUACAACAAAUACCGGUUAAACUAAAAUUGUUGGUUUUAAAUUGAAUUAAGUUUGUUGGUUAAAUGGCCAUGAGGAAAUUAUGUACAAGUGAAUAUAAGCACAACACUGAGUUUGAAAUCCACAAAACUUUUUAUUUCGGACCAAAUUUGAUUUUUUAGUAUGAUGUACAAAAAAUACAGUAAAUGAUCUGACUACUGGACCCAACCUUGUGUUAUCUUAACCCAUCUUUGAGCAAACCCAGUCCAGAAGGACAAAUGCUGCAUGUUAAUUUGUUUCACUACCUUAGUUUUUUCUUUAUAGCUCUAGACUUUUCAUGAUCCAAUGCCAAAUCAGAGCUCCUGUAAUCCAAUAAAGAUCUGUGCAUUGUUUAUUGUGCAGGGGUGGGGGGGGCUGUCAGGUAGGAUUUGACCAUUCGACCGGUAGCUCCUGUAGAUCCUCCUUGUAUCCCAAGCAAAUAACCAGGCUUCAGGUGAAUUCUAGCCAGCAAAACUGCUAUGACUUUUUGGAUUGAAUAGGUAGUGCUUAAUGAACAGUAAACCUCAAAAUCAACAUUAAAAUCAGUGGAACUCAAACUCAGGGUUGCAAACAACAAAGUUAGAAAAAUUAGCCUUUCAUAAAUUUGUCAGCUGAGUUGAUGUUCAAAUAAAAUUGUGAGCAGUUUCACCAUAUUUUGUUGUAGUAUUGGCUGUUGGAUUUUCAAAAUGUGGUCAUUUUUAGGAAGCCGGCCAUCGAGAUGUGGUCAUCUCUAGGUGGGCAGUCAAAACUACAACAAAUACCGGUUAAACUAAAAUUGUUGGUUUUAAAUUGAAUUAAGUUUGUUGGUUAAAUGCAUGGCCAUGAGGAAAUUAUGUACAAGUGAAUAAUCACAACACUGAGUUUGAAAUCCACAAAACUUUUUAUUUCGGACCAAAUUUGAUUUUUUAGUAUGAUGUACAAAAAAUACAGUAAAUGAUCUGACUACUGGACCUAACCUUGUGUUAUCUUAACCCAUCUUUGAGCAAACCCAGUCCAGAAGGAUAAAUGCUGCAUGUUAAUUUGUUUCACCACCUUAGUUUUUUCUUUAUAGCUCUAGACUUUUCAUGAUCCAAUGCCAAAUCAGAGCUCCUGUAAUCCAAUAAAGAUCUGUGCAUUGUUUAUUGUGCAGGGGUGGGGGGGGGGGGGCUGUCAGGUAGGUUUUGACCAUUCGACCGGUAGCUCCUGUAGAUCCUCCUUGUAUCCCAAGCAAAUAACCAGGCUUCAGGUGAAUUCUAGCCAGCAAAACUGCUAUGACUUUUUGGAUUGAAUAGGUAGUGCUUAAUGAACAGUAAAACUCAAAAUCAACAUUAAAAUCAGUGGAACUCAAACUCAGGGUUGCAAACAACAAAGUUAGAAAAAUUAGCCUUUCAUAAAUUUGUCAGCUGAGUUAAUGUUCAAAUAAAAUUGUGAGCAGUUUCACCAUAUUUUGUUGUAGUAUUGGCUGUUGAGUUUUCAAAAUGUGGUCAUUUUUAGGAAGCCCACCAUCGAGAUGUAGUCAUCUCUAGGUGGUCAGUCAAAACUACAACAAAUAAGUCCCGUAUGAUAUAUGCCCCUAAUAUUCUAGAAUCAGUAUAAAUAUUGUCGGAAAUAUAGAAAGAACCCUGCAGUAUAUGUAUUAGCUAUUCAGGGUCUUUAUGAUGACUACGUUGAAACAAAACACUGCCAUGAUCAAACCUUAAAUGACAGAGGCAAGUGCCUUGGUUUGCCUCAUACUGGCUAUGGCCCUGACUGUAGGAAAUACAGUGCAUCAAUGAUCUGACUACUGGACCUUAAUAACGAGUGGAUUUGAAUUAGUGUAUUUGCUUUAAAUUAGUAGCCCGGGAAAGGUUUAUGCCAGGGGCGCUGUCAGAAAGGGACACCUUUUUCAUGCUUCAGGUAUGAAAGGAUAGGGAUUUCCUGAGUUAAAGUAUAUGACAGGGUAGACUAUCUGUCAUUUCGUUCUGUAAAAAGACUAACAGAAGAAAUUUGUGAAUGUAAUAUUGUCAAAAAAAAUUAACUGGUUUCUGAUUCCUUUAUAUUAAAAUGACAGUGCACAUAAAACAGUUAACAGGAAAGAUGCAUGUAAGGGGUUGGACCUCUGGGCGGAGUCUCACAGCGUGUACAAAAUUUUAUUGUAACAAUGUAAUGUUACAGUUGAGAUUGGAAAUUUACUUUAGUCACAAAACGGAUCAAACAUAUAGGAAAUGUCACAUGCACAUCACCUUUGACUGUCAGCAAAUGUUAUGCAGCUCACUAUAUUUGCUCCCCUUGCAAAUAUGGAUAAUUAUGAUGCAAAUGUGCAAAUUUAUGAUACAGCCAAAUGUCUAGAAAUUUAUUGUUUUGCUCUUAAGGCAAAUACGAGUAAACCACAUGCAAAAGUGUUCUUUUGGUAUCCUGGCAAAAACAAGAGCAAAUACCACUGCAAAUUAGGGGUUUUGCAAUAUUUUUGCCUGCAUUUGAAGUAAAGUGAAAACUGUCAUUUUUGCCAAGGAUGCAAAUUUGAGUAAACUGGUAGAAAUGUUGAAGAUUUGCCCAUGCUGCAAAUAUGUAUCAAAUUUGUAUCAAACCAUUACAUUUACUUCACUUUUGCGUAUCAAUACGUAUCUAGCAAAUAUAUGUAUUUGCCCACACUUUAGCCGACAGCGCAAAUGUAAUGCAAAUUUGGAGCUCCAAAUUUACCACAUAUUUGCACCUUUCGCAAACAUUAGUAAAUCCGUUUUUUCGUCCAGUGUUAGAACAGCCGUUUUAUGAAAAUUAUCCGACAUUAGAUUCCCAUGAUACCGGACCCUUCACCCAUCAAGAUGGCUUUCAAAACCGUCAUAAGGUCUAUAGUGUGGCUUACGGCAGUACGAAAAUUGAAUUUUUAAUAUGUCAAAACAACAGAGUAUUCUUUGCCUCUGCUUUUUCGUCAGUCCAGGUCAAAUCAAAUACAGAAUAUUCUGUAAAUUCCGUGUUCUAGAGUAUUACGUAUAUUCCAUAUUUUACAACUGAUUCCAUGUAUCCCGCCAUUCCGCCGAAUAGGGUCACCCAAAUAUUGGGGAGGACAUCAUUAAAAAAAGAUAGGAGACCGGUAGGACUUUUAAAUCGAUGAAAGUGCCUCACUCAUUUUGCAACUUCAUUUUAUAAUAUGCUUCAUAAUUUGUUUCCACAAUAAUAUUUAUGAUAUUUAGAUAAUAACCAACGCACUACGCACAACUAGUCACAUAACAUUGGACAGCAUACCAUGCACUUAAACUCUUGCGCUGGAAAGUUACAGUAUGAAAUUAUUUUUUGCUUCACUCAGUCACAUUCCUUUAUACUGAAACUUUGGCUAAAAGGUCUCUUUUUAGAUCUGUAGAUUUGUAAUUAAGUUAUUUCGAAAUACCCGCACAUGUCUUUCAACACCAACAUUGAAAGAUGAAAGUUUGUUGCUGUGAUAAUAUUGACAAAGAUUGUAAACAUCAAAUAUAAUUGGAUGUUUUAAGCCCACAUUUCUAUCACCUCUUCAACAGCAUGGAGGGGAAAUGGGGGCUUAAGGUAUUGAGCUUUUUUUCAAGCGGUAUUUCGGUAAUUUGGAUUUUAAAGUGGAGUAUUGCGGUAUCAUUUAGCCCUGCGGUAUGCGGUUUUUCAUCCUUUUGGUUAACGGUAUUCGGUAAAAGAAGAUCCUUCACGGUAUUGCGGUACUGUUCAUUGCGCUCUCCUGUUUAAUGCUAGCCUGCUAGCCCGUGUCUCCCUCGCGCGCGCCCGUUCUCUCUCGCGCCUACUACUUCCAAGCGCCUGCUGCGCAGGCUAGUUUACUGCACGUCCGUAUUUUUAAGACUUUAGAUAAAUGGUAAAUGAUUACCAUUACACAAUUUCUGACAGAUAAUCCAUGAUGAAAUUGAUAGGGAAUCUUUUUCGAUCGUUGUACCGAUCAAUUCGAGGUCGUCUCACGUUUCCCCGCAAUGGCUGAGGUUGAUUGCUGGUGCAUAAAUGCUUGGAAUAAACAAACACGCGAGAUGGAUACAACUUUAAGUAAGCAUGACCGAAAAUAAAUGCGGUAUCGGUAUUUCGUCGAUUUUUGACACGGUAUUUCGGUAUAUGCCAAUUUUUCUUACGGUAUUGCGGUAUUGGGUAUUCCAACUUCGUCAUCUUUCUUCAGGUCCGCUGACCCCUACACGUGCUGACCCGUAACGUCCGUUGGAAUGUAUGUAACGAAAUACAAGCAGCCGACAUUCAAAGUACUUGGAGACUAGCUGAGGCUGAAUUCAUCAUCAUUAAUAGGAACAACAUAAAACUGUUUCACUUCACGAUUUCUGGUGAUGGAAAGAUUGUUUUUUUAAACUUAUAUUUCACGUAUUUGUUUGGAUCCCGCUGCAGUUGGGACAAAUGAACGCUGUUACGCGACAACAUUUCCAAGAUUCAACUCUCCCUAGCAGAUGGUAAUUUCGAGUUACUCUCUUUUUCUGCAAAUCUUUCAUUUUCCUUUCUUUUUUAAUUCUAUCUACUUCUAUCUACUUCUAUUUAGGAUGGUUUUGAGCGCUUAGCAAGGCUUAAAGUGGCGUUUACCACGCUAUCCUUGGCCAUAUUGGCAACAGAGAAGUGUUUCGCCGAAGUGGCAACUUAACGGUAAAUACGGUAACUUUGAACGGUUUUUACAACGUCAGUAUACUUUGGCCGAAAAAUGUUUUUCCGAAAACGUGAUCUAUAUCCCUCCAAUGUCUGAUUCAUCACUGUGAUUGCUUUCAGCAGCGUUGGACUUUUGAGAAAUUAAUAUUUUAAAAUCAGCUCCAACGCUCCAUCUAAUUUAAUAUGCAAUAUUUGAAAAUUUAUUUUUUAUUCCCUUGGGCAGUUUUUCGAUAUUUAUCGAAUGAUAUUGCAUUAUAAGGCCUUUUUCUUCAUCACUGUGUGGUUUUCUCGUUAUUUUGCGUUGCGAUAGUGAUUUCUGAACCGUUUCUUGCGAGGGCUUAUUUUAGGCCUGAUUUUGCUGCUAUCAGACGGAAAAAGUUUGCGCCUCGAUAUUUUUGGUUUAAAGCGAAACUGAAACAAAAGAAAUUCAUUUUUGAAUAGUAUUCGGUAACCUCUACUUGGGAGAUAAAAAUCGGCCGAUUUUAUUUUUUAGCCGGAAAUCAUCGGUCGUUUCUUAGGCGCAGGGCCUCUUAAGCGGGUAUUUUUAACCCGAUAGAAGAUCAGAACUAUCAUCAGAUAACUCCUCCACGCUGGCUACCGCCAUUGGUGGAAGCAAUUCAAAUCCCGCUUCUGUGACUCAGCGUGUGACGCAUGAUCAUAGCUCUGCUCUGAUUGGAUAUUACUGAGAAGGCGUGAAAAAUAUUCCGCGAAAGCUAUUUCUAUAAAUAAUUCUUCGUUGGAAAGGGUUGACUCCAAGGGCUUAUAUGGGAGAUGGAGGCUCCAAGUAAUCGGCUCCUGGUUCUGCUUAUUAGAGAUGUCCACUAAGUACAGGUUUGUUUUUCUUCAAUUAUGGGAAGAAACGUUUUGACACAUUUUGAGCUAUUUGACUGCUGAAUACAGGGUGUCUUGCUUAAUAUGGGGUCUGCUUAAUACAGGUUUUACCGUACAAUGCAGAAAAUGAGUUAAUUAGGCUUUCACUGAGAAGGGGAGGUACAAGAUAUAGGACAUAAACAAGAAGCUAUACACAGCUUGAACUUGUUGCAGUUACUGUUGAUUUUAUUCUUAACACUUUUGAGUGCUUUCUAUAGAGAAAGAAAGAAAAGACUAGUUUCAGCAGCCGACACCUAAAGCCAUGAGUGCUUACUAGAAUGGAGAAAACUUGCUGGAAUCAAUAAGUGGCAAACACAAUAUCAAAUGGUCCUAUGCAUCCAUGAAUGCCUAAAGCUUGAAUCAGCUGUUGAAUUAUGCUGUGGUACUAUUUGCAUUCAAAGUAUUAAAAAGAGCGUUUUCCGAUUAACUAAAGCAGUAUUUUUUGCUCGAUGGAAUUUUUACAGUUAAGAUUACAGUUUAAUCGAGUAGAAGUCAAGGUGGUUUUGUAAACUCAACAUUUCCUUUACAGGCGAAUUUUUGCCAGAAAUCAAAUUCAACUUGUGACAAAAACAUCAAAGCAAAUCUUUACGAAAACUCGAGAUUUCAAUUUAAUAGCACAGAGAAAACUCUAACAGAGAAACGGUGCCUUACCUCGAGCAACCGGCCACCAUUGUCAGCGCUUACGAAGAACAACACAAGCUGUAAAAACAACCUUUUCCCUAACUUGGCCAGUCGACAGUUAAAAACAAAGCUGCUCUUUUCUUUUCAGGCGUGGAAGUACAAUUUAAACUUCUGGCGGUUCCAUAUAAAGCAUUAGGCUAUUGUUUGCCAAAGGAUUAUGUUUAAAUUGCGAUUUGAUUUGCAAUUUUUGAAAAUUCUGUAAAGAUCAAACUUUUGCGCAUGUUAAUCAAAUUAAACAUAAAUCUUUUCCUUACUGAUUUAGGAGUAUUUACCCCGCUGAGAAUGUUCAGCUUCUAUUCAUCUCGUGUUUAAUAAAGAAUAAUUGUUAAUUGUCCAAUGUGAAGUGCGAAACAAAAUAUCAGUCGAGCGGGAAAAGGUGUGUUCCCAAGAUUCCUGGUCAUGUCCUUGAGAAAAAGACUAGAAACCUUUAUAGGUUUUUUUCUUCCUCUUUCUUUCCACACGGCCGGUUCUACGGUCGCCUUUGUAGGGCCCGCGAGUUUUGUGUUCAAGGCUACUUGUCCUCUCUCUUUCCAGCUGUUCCAACAAAAACGAUGGUCACGUGGUCGCCUUAACUGUAUUUCUAUGCUUGCUUGUAAAGGACCAGUUUGUGUAGCAGUUUUAACCAAUUUCUGUGGUAGAUUCUUCGUUGAAGUAGGACAAUCUAUCAACUCAAAGUCUUUCCACUUCGGCCGCCAUUUUUGUCAUUUGCUUACUCCGCCUCGCUUUGGCGAGUUCAAUCCUGAAAGCGAGUCUUCCGGAAGUCAACAAGUUUACCGGAAACUGUUUCCGCGUGGUCCGCAUAGUUCUAAAAAUAACUUUUUUAAAAUAAAGACAUCCGGGCCAACGCCCUCAGACUCCCUCUCUGUCCUAUUAUGGUUCUUGACCACGUUAACACACUGAGUUGCAAAGAUAUCCUGUUGUUCCCUGAUUGUAUACCUUAUUUUUUUCAUUUGCGGGCUGAUACCGAUCAGUCGAUCCUUUCUCAUAGACCCAUUGCCAGUCAAGAUUCAGAGUUUCUUCAAAAUGAUAAUUUUUUUUUUUUAUCAAGUUCCAGAUCCGGUCGCCUUCUUCCCCCUUAAUGCUGCGUACGGUACCAAGGAGAUUGACAACCGAACGGAAAAAGGGAUUCCUCGAGGUGUUAUCCUGGCUCCUGGGCCCAAUGGAAGACAUAACUACUCUUAUAAGUUUUCUGGAAGCUACAACAGCUACAUCAAGUUUCCCAACAGUAUUGGAGGACCUUUGGAUGUGCGAUAUUCGAUGACUAUGCUGUGCUGGGUGUACUGUAAUGGCAAAGGCGGACCGCUUUUCAGCUACGGGAAAAGUUCAACUUGGGCUGUUCAAUUUAGGGUUUUAAAUGAAGGGAAACUUUUUGUCCAUUUCAAAAAACGUGAUUAUUCGGAAACCAAACGUUUGGAGCAUACCAACCUCGCUGGUGGAUGGAAGUUUGUUGGUGCAUCUUACGACCGUUCUUCUGGCGAAGCCAAACUGUGGGUCAAUGGAGCUGUGGUUCAGACGUUAAACAUUGGAGCGGGCCUUGAACUGGCCACACAGGAUAGCAUCAGAAUGGGUGCGAGGGCUCACACGUACUUCAAAGGCAGAAUUGCUCAGAUGCGGAUCUACAACCGAGCUUUGACUCAGGAGCAAAUUCAAGCAAUACAGAAACUUGUUGUCGCAGGUAACGAAAAAAAAAAUAAAAUAAGUAAAAUUAAAUGUUGUUUGGAAUGUGAAAAAUAUAAGUGCAUAACUUACCCGUGAUUGUCUUAUCAAUGGGUAUUGAAUAUUGACACUAUAGAAGAUCUUGCUUUAUUUUCAAUUACACUUCGACUUAAAGAACUUUUCAAAAAUAGUUUUUUUUUCAAAUGGUACUUAAAGACAGGGUUUAUUUUUUUUACACAGACUAAUUUAAGGAUAUCUUGCGAGCACAUGAUCAGUCACUGAAUUAUAUUUUAGAUCCCUGAUUGCAAGUUUCUAAGACACAAAAGUCUAUAGCUAACCAGGUUUGCUUUUAUAUUUCCUUUUCAGCAUGACCCUGGAGUGAGGUGUCAAGUUUAAACAAAAUUAAGCCAUCAUUAAGAAUGGAGCAUUCUCUGUAGCUUUAAAAAUUUCCUGGGGUUUCUUUUUGUAAAGGGAAAAUAAAGAGUUAGUAACAGUACAUGUAAGUCGUGUAAAGUUGUUGUCCUCGUCGAUGUCGAAAGCCUCGCAUGGCAAAAACGUAUCAAAACGGCAGCGGUUUUUGGAGGCAGGAAUAAAUAGAUCGUCCUUGAGGCGAUAAUCAGUUCUAAUGAACAGCCGUUGUUCAGGUAAAUUUGAAUUAUAAGAAAGCGCUAGAAUAUUCGCCUAAUCAAAUUCUAUAGCGCAAGCGUGCUUAAUACCCCCAUUGAGCACGCGGAUGACGUCAAUCGUAUCAAGAAAUGGUCCAUUGUACCGGGUCCAAUUCAUCAAAACAACAGCCUUUUGUCCUAGGUGAUACUAGCGAAAACAGACCGAACAGUCUGUGCAUGAUCGUUUAAUCUUCGGCGUGACAAAUUUGUAAUACUAGGGGGGAGGGGAGAGGGUUUUUUUGCCUUGACGCGAUGCUUUUGAUCGGAUCGCGCUUUUAUACUGAGCGCUCUGAACAAAAAAAAAAUUCCAGUAAUACCUUACAGAGAGCGUUCUUAAACAGUUAUUAAAACAAGCUUAUUAUUUGCGCGUCCUACAUUCAGAGGUGCGAUCUUUGAAUGUAAAUUAUACCUCGAGUUCUUGUGAGCUUAGCAAUCCUCUCAAGACGUCUCCCAACUCAAGAGGCUGCGCCUCGAGCAACUCGUACGUCUCUUUCGUGCUCUCCAAACUUCCCUUGUGCACAAUUUCUCAGCAUACGCACGCUGACGCAUGAACUAAUUGUUAAGAAAAGGGACUUCAAAUUUAAAUCCCAUGCUGAUUGUUUCAAUGAUGAACUGGCCCUUGACAGGAAAAAGCAGUAAAUUGUCGGUUGAGUUUUAGCAAGUGUAAGCUAGAAUUACAAAAACCAUUAGGUGCUACGCUCUAAAUGCGGGAAGCGGCUGGUACCCUAACCCUAAUAUCGAGUAGUGUAGGAACUGCUCGGAAGGUCUCUCCUAAUUGGUCGCAGGAAACAACCACAUGACAAUUGUUUGCCAUUGGUGACUUCUCUUCCGAGCAGCUGCUACAUGAGCCCUAAUAUCCAGUCAUUAAGAUGGGUCCGCCCACUCCCAAUAAGGUCAUACCCUUAUGAUCCAAAAUCGUCCAAUCCCACGCUUUACAAACGGUGCUCUCCAGUCAAUUUCUAGCGACCAAUUUUUCUGCGUGCUAUUAUGUGUGCGUGGCUUACACUCAUGCAAGGCUGGUAACAGACUAUAAUAUCUAAACUAUGACUCUAUAGUUUUUUAUUUUCAACCAAUGCUCCAAUCUCGAGAAGUUAAUUACUAGGUUUUUUAAUACUGCAGAUAACUUUCACGUUUAUUUCCCUUGUUUUGACAAAAGUAAAGAAAAUAAUGAUUUCAAUCUAUUUUGCUCGUUGAAUAUUGAUCCUUGUAUUAACACUUGCGAAAGCCAGUCUUGGGAAUGAACUAUAGCAUCAGCCUAUAGUUCAAUCUGUUUGCAUAGGAAAACAAUACCCUGGUAAAAGCAUUUUUUGUCCGGUACAGUCCAUCAUCCCUUUCCAUACUGAAUCAAAGGUCCCGGGUGAGAAAAAAUUUUGGUGAUUACCUUACAAAAGAAUAGGCGAAUCCUUGUUUACAUUUUUUGCCUCAAUAACAUAUAUUAUCUCAGGGAUAAAGCUAAUGAAAGAGCAUAAUAAUUAAAGUUAUCUCUGAAAAUUUGAGCCCGAUAUACCGAACAGUUUUGCAGAAAUUCUCUUCGAAAAACUCGAAAGUUUACAAAGAAUGUAUGAGCUCAUUAGCGUUUUCACUACCCAGCAAUUUCGCAGUUUUUGAUCGCUGAAAAUUGCAAAAACUACUCAAAUUAAGUUCUUUCAAUUUUUUAACUUAAUUUGUGUAAUUCUCUAUACGGUGACGUCUUCUAUGGGUUAACUUGAAUGCAAAUGAGCAAAAAUCCACGAAACAAUGACGUCAGCAAGGAUUCGCCUAUGCUUUGAAUGAACUUACUAAAGGCCAGGAGCACCCAACACUUUUUUCUGUAAAAUAACUGUUAGGAAUCUCCAAUGAAAGCUCGAGAAAGUCCAAAACAGCUAAGAUAUUCAGACUUUUUCUAUUAAAUUUCCUACAAUUUCCGGUGGUUGUGUUUUUCACAUAUUAAAUAUGUGAAAAUAUUUUAUGACCAAAAUUUGCGAUUUAGUUGUUAAAAAAAUGGUCCCCUGAAAAUUUCGGUGUAAAUUUAAGACAAAACGUCCCCUCCAUGUUCUCGAACGGUCGAUCGGAACCGUCAGGAUCCAUCAGGGUAGCUAAAAGUUUGAGAUGAGAGGAAAAAGCCAUGCACCUAAAACUUUCGAGACGGCCAAAGUUCCCCAAAGACAUCCAAACAGAUAAAUACUUUUUAGGGUAGCUCCAAAUUAGCAAACAUUGCUCUAAGACAUAUAUAGUGAUAAUCGUUCGAGUCCACUUCGGACGUAUUUGGAAACGUUCGUUCGUUGGGUGCCCCUAAAGUCUCAUUUCUUGUGGUUCUUUGUACGGAUCCUGGAAUAAAAACGUGACCCGUAUGGGUUACUCUUGGGUCAAGGUAAAAUUAUUGCCACAAUCCUCCUUUGGACUGGUUGAUAAGCAAUUUUAAUCUCUGCAUCGAAUGCAGGCGUGGAUUAGUUACAAAAUCUGCAAAUCUUUAUUACUCCGUUUACUAUCCCUUCAGCCUUAGACGCUUAGUUCUACAGAAAUGAGGCCUUUAACUUUUACCAUCUCAGUCGUUUUGGCACCGAUUGUGGUGGAAACAGCGACAGCACACAAAACAAAGGCAGUUGGAUUCCAAAGGGGUAUUCUAUGUAAUAACAACAACACCUUGUAAGCUUGUCCGAAUAAAAAGCUUAAGGAUAUGAUCAAAAAAAGAAAACUAGACGACAUUAAAACGUAGGCCGGGUUGUUCAAAGCUGGGUCAAGAUAACCCAGGGUUAGUGGGAAAUCUAAAUUCAGAUAUGAAAGCUUAAAAAGUAAAGUUAGUUUUUCAACAACAAGUUGAUGGUUGCUUGCUCAAAUUCAUUAUAACUGUUAGUGUAACAAGGCUUUUUAGUGACUGAUUUGAGAAAACAUGAACUCAAAAUGACCAGAUGACAGCCUUUGGGUUCAAUUUUUAACUGUGUUAAAUCCUCUCGGAAUUUCACAACUUGCGGAUUUUUUUGCUUCCUUAGCAUCUUUUUGUAAACACAUCAAUUUUUCUAUCACGAUUACCUCGAUCUAUACGGGUUACAAGGAAAAUUGAAAACAUUUAAUCAAUUUAAAAUGAGGACCCAAGACGGCUGAUGGUUCCAUUGCAGCUCCUUCUUUAACAUUAAAUGACGUCAUCAUGACAUCCAUGCUACUGUUAAAGAUUAUUAAAAAUGUUUUUGCCGACUUCUUUGUUUUGUCAGACACCUCACUAUUUAAUUAUUUUUCUUUUCUAUUACUACAUGUAUUCAAAAUGAUGAGUACAUUAUUCUGUGCAAAUUUGGUCGCCGUAACUAUCAUGAGCGGUUUCUAAAUUGUAGAGCGGGGAGCCCCCCUCCCCCACCCGUCGUACGAAACCAUUUUAGAAAAAGCCGGUCUGAAUGGGGUUAGUCUAGCUAAUUUAUUUCAUUCGUAGUAUCAUCUACAGGAACCUAGCUUCGUGUCACAACAGAGUAUUGAUGGAAAGUUUACUGUAUUUCAGUAUAAUGCCAGUUUAUUGCAGGUUCUUUGUUAACUCAUAUGCAAAAUUAAAUCACUCAAAGUCGUAAGAUGUGAAUGAUUGUCAACAAGCCGACUACUAAGGGAGCUGAACUAAAUAGGAACAGGAACUAACCGACGCAAGUUUGGGUAUAAGAGACAUAUUCGGGGACUCGGUGCAUUUCGAAACCCCAAGUCAAAUUGAGAACAAAGCCUCAGCGGAUGUCUGGGAACAAGGAGGGAGUCGAAAUGGGAGAAGGAAACGUCAAAUUCGAGUUUGUCCGGCGGCAACAUAGAUCCGUGUAAUCCAGCCCAUUCAUAAUUUGCGUAUUGCUUUUUCAAAAACUAAAAAUAGCAUUUCAAGCUGCGACCAUUUUAGUCGCAAAGACGAGUAGGAAAAAACAACUGGCGACUAAAAUUGCGGUGAAAGUAGCCAAUUUGGCACCUGUGUUUGGCGGUCAUGCGCCAGGCUGUUAUGUUUUUAUUACUUGUGUCAAUGAUCGACAUGUACAGUGUAUGGUCUUUCUAUAAAGUUAAAGUGAGACAACAUUUGAGAUUAAUGCACGAAAUGUUAUUAACGCUCUAUUUUUUUAAUCGCGUCCCCUAUCCAAAGUGCAAUAUAGUGCGAUUUUUUUUCUUGCCAUCAAUAUGUUAUGUCUGACGACCACCAGCUAAAGUUUAGGUUGCCAUGCAAUUAAAAGGACGACUUCAGAGAAACGUUGAGCUUAGAGCACACUAACACACCCACACACUUUUGAGAACUAAUGAAAAAACACUUAUUAAUAAAUCGUAUCACUUCUGAAUUAUCGUCAAUCUGUGCUCAAAUUAUCAUAAAUUAAACUUUGGCAAACGUGCUCGUCCCGUAAAAGUGAACCUUCAGAGUUAUACACCAUACUCAAAUUGAGCUUCCUCCAUUCUGGCAUUGUGAGCCUUGAGAACAGACACAGCUUCUUGAGUUUUGGCAUCCAGGGCCUCACGGCACUCCAGCAUAUACAGCAGCUCAGAAUUGUCAAUCUCCAGCAGCAUACCGGUGAUCUUACCAGCCUGAUCAGGGUAGGUGGCUUGAAUCAAGGGGAACAGACGCUCACCUAGCAUUUGUUUCUGCUCUGCAAGGGAGACUGAAGCCAUUACACUUCGGUAGAGUGGCUCUUGUCCCUUCAGUAAAGACAUGCAGAUAUAAAAAAAAAUGCGUUACCUUCUACAGGUACCUGAGCAAUUUUCGCAAAACAAAACAAGAUCAAAACAAAGAAAUCAGGAAUACUAUUUUGAAGGAACCUAAAAUGCACAGACUGAAAGCUUCACAAUUAGAUACCUUCACUGAGAAUUAACAUACAACAAAGUCGCAAAAUCAAUGGUUCUUGUAGUAAAAAAGAUUCCAAACUUUUGUACUACAAUAGUGGAACCCCAAAAUAACGAAUUCCCUCAAAAGUACAGUGUUUCCGCUCAUGCAUUUUUGUUUAGUAUUUGCUGUGCUAUUUAUAUGUUCCGGCCACUGCUUUAAGAGAUUAUUUUUAUACUCCGUUCAAUUAUUUGUUGACCAGAAAGUGACGGUUGCAUUUGGCUGAAUGGUGUCAACAUUUUUUUAAACUUACUGGUAUGCAAAUGGGCGGUUGAAAACGUUCUUGUUGCUGCAUUGGCGCUGCACCUGGAUGUGUCUGUGGCUGCCGAAACUUGUACGAUGGUCUAUGUGGCAGUUGCUGCUGCUGUCCAGGCAUUUGUCUGGGAGGCACCUGAUGGAUGCCUUUUGCACGUGGAAUCUGCCCAUCCCCUGAAACUUGCAUUCCUGAAGGUCUCAUCUGCUGCAGCUGCUGCAUUGGCUGCCAGAGAGGUCGCAUUUGUUGCAUGAAGAAUACAGGCUGGCCUGGCUGGAAAGGAUGAGUCAUGAAAGCUUAUUGAGCAAAACAAAACUCUAUCGGUCUGAGCUAAAACCCUCAAAGCACUUAAACAUCCCCAUGCAUUCAGGUUCUUAUUCGGGAUUAAGUAACCUAAAAGACUUUUGACAAUUAAAUAUUUCAACUCCUUUCAAAACUACACCGUUCCAAUGGUGUGAAGGAAAAAUCCUUACACAAAUAAAAAGACUACAUUUUAGUUCAUACUUGGACUCUCUGUCAUAUUAUUGCCACCGUAUUCCCCGCGGAGUACUCUUGAACAAUACCUAACAAGUUUGUGCGCCCGUCCAGUGGUGUCAUGACUAGAGAUCUGAUCCCAGUCGUUCAUGAGAAGGUGGAUAACGUUAUGUACUAUCUCUAUCCAGUGGAUAACGAAACUGGUUUCUCUAUAAUUUAUCCACUGGAUAGUGAUUUUUGUGGUCGAUACUGCUAUCCAACAUUUGAAUAAUUAUAACCGGGGCCAGGAAGAUAAUACACUUUUGGUGGAAAUUCAACACACAAAGUCAGAUAAAUAUUUCGCUGUUUCCGGUUGGCUCCAAUCCCCCAUAGGCUAAUUCCUAAUAACUUGCUGUGGCUUACCAUAUUUGGAGGAUACGAGCAAUAUACUACCGAUUAUUUUAAUUGAUCGUUGAAAAGUCCCGUCAUACUUGAUACGCAUGCCACUGUUGAACCAAGCUAAUCACGCAAUUUGACAGAAAACGUGGUCUACAAGUAUAGUGCUCACUGUUUCCCCCUGGAUUUUGGAAGUGAAUGCCUCCAAAGAAGAAAAAAGAGCUUGUCCGUUUUCGUCCUUGACUCCAAGGCGAAAGAAGACGACAAAAUUGUCUUGCAAAGUGUGGGCUUCGAAAUUAGCAGAGAGCGACAAGGGCUCCUACUACAAUCAAGAAAAAUGGCUAAAUGAUGACAAAGCUUCUAAAAAAAUCAUUGAAACUUCCGCGAAAUCGAGGCUCACGAGUUUCUUAGCGAGCGGAGCGAGCUUUUUAGGCCGCGAAGCAGCCAAGCGAGCGACAAAUUCACGACAGGUCCCACGCAAUAUAAAAAUCGGACGAAGGACUUUUUUUUGAAAGUCCGAAUUGUAGAGGGAGAGGAUCGCAAUGAUCGUUUACAGUAAACAAUAAAAGAGCAGUUCCAACUUUAAAGCCGUCUUCUGAAGAAAAAAAUGCUUUAAGAUAAUUCCUUCAAGGCCAGAAUUUUCUUGUAAAUUUGCUCAGUCAAAUUGUAGAAUACUCCAUGCACUGUAUAAAUUACGCAAAAAGAGAGCAAGAAAAACCUCUGUUGUUCAAGCUACUCUAAGGUCACGUUUCACACUAUCACGAGCUCAAUCUCUCUUGUCAAGAGCUAUGAGUCAUGUUUGGCCUGUCAACACUUACUUCAAAUCGGACUAAUCACAAAAUGCGUAAGAAACUAGCCAAUCAAAAACGCCGACAUAUGUCCUUGCGAUUCUGCGGGAUUGGGACACGAUCUUGUGCAAUAAUUCGCAGACGCUCUAUAUAGAAGUUUAGAGUGUCUGCGACGCAGGCAACUUUUUCCCCUGUUUUCUCGAAAUGAAAAUCAGAGCAAGUUGAGGGUACGUUUUAAACUCCAAACCAAAUUUGGAUGAAAUUUGGCCAACUUACUGUCAGAUAGUUUUUCUAAAAAACCGUGUCUGCGAAUUUUUGAUUUCUUUUUUCGUUUUCGAGUAAGAGUAUUUUUUCACAGGUAGUGCUAAUGAUUUGUUAUCCCCAACUUCAACUGCUUAUAACAAAAGAACAAACUCACUUGACAAAAAUCUGAGACACGGUUCUUAAGUCAAACGUGUUAAGAAGCGAAUGUGAUCUUAAUUGGCUUCUUUCGUUUAUUUUUGGCUGGCCUUGACUUAAAUUUACAGUGACACCCACUUCCACAAAAAGCUUUUCACUUCUGAAUCGAAUUAAUAUUUUGAUUUUUUAAAAGGAAUAAGCUUAAUCUGGAACUAUUAAGCUUUCAGAAAAUGUACGGUUUAUGGGGGUAUUUAUUAAAAGCAAAAGCGCUAGCGCCGAUCAACGCGGGGAGGGUGCUUGAGGGUGGAUGAUACCUUAACUAAACAAACAUGACUGAAAUUGAACGGAACAAACAAACUUUUUGGUUUGAAAUUAUUCAAUGGUAAGUAUCUCCGAAGUUUCGUUACAACUGAAGUUAUAAUUCUUCUAUGCGUCAAGACCUUAAGUACUGAUGUAACAUCAACAACAACAACAAAAGCAAAGAUUACCUUUGAAAUUUUCAUAAUGGCUUGCAAGUCCUUGGGGAAGUAAGUUUUCAAAACCAUUAGAAGAAAUGUGCAAAGAAGAGCUAAAUGCGUGUUUGAUGGGCUUAGUCUUUCAGAAAGAAGUAAUUUUUACAAAGGUACCUCCAUGAAAUUUAUAAGAGACGCCAUUGACCGCUUUCUCCGCUCUCCACCGCAAAAUAAGCCUUUCUGCAUAAUCGCUGAUCCCGCUGUUACACAAGCAAAUGAAGUGUUAGACGCCGGCGUUCGUGAAAGAAAGAAAGACGGGAAAAAUUGCCGGCGUCGUUCACAAUAAAACAAUUUUAAAAGAGCAGAUGAAGAAACUCUUCGACAGCGGCGAACUCGGACCGGCCAACAGCUUGAGUCCUGCACAACUACAGAGCACGGCCUGGUUUUACCUCGGCCUCUUUUUUGUACGAAGAAGGGGACGUGAAAAUCAACGGCAGCUAAAGCCAACAACGCUUUCCCUACGAAAAUCUUCUAAAUGAGUCCAGUACUAUGAACUGAACCGGAAGUCAGCCUGGUUCUCUGCCGGCCACAAAAAAACACCAGCGCGGCCUCGCAGAUGCUGAAGAUGAAUCUGACGCCCAUAUAUUUUCCGUAACUGUCUCUGAAACGUGUCCAGGAAAAACAAUAAAGAAUAACGUGAGCCAUCGCAAUCCGACUUCAGAUGCUCUUUUUUCGGAGAUCUAGAGAUAGUGAAAGCGCAAAGUUCAAGUCCUCAGUAUCUUGUUGAAUUGAGGUAAAGAUUUGCACUGCUUUGCUGAGUCCGGGAGCUCAUUUUAGGACCUUGCUCCCUGGAACAUUAUUGAUCUUUUUCUAAAUUCAGUUCGCACAGCCGGAAGUACAAAAUUAAGUUCAAUUCAGAGCUCCUCGUUUUAUAAUUAUGGCUGACUCGCUGUGCAAGAGAUGAAAGUUCUAUAUGUGCAAGUUCCCUCAAACACUUGAAAAUGAAGGUGCACAGAUGUAGUUACCACCAACAAAGUAGUUUAGUCCAGCCAAGCUGUGACACGGGGUCAUUGCUUGAUCCUUCUCUUAGCACAACCCUAGCAGCACUCGUUUGAAGCCUCAAGUUGCUCCGCCAGGGUAGAUCCCACACUGCUCCAGCAUAUAUCCCAAUAAUCCAAGAUUGGGAAAAUAAAGGCUUUAUAGAUGGUAUUAGAUACAGAUGAUGUUAGGUGGGGUCUUACCCUGCCGAGUGCACCCAGCUGCUAUGAGAACUACUUUGCCAUCUUAUUGACAUGUUCCUCGAAAGUUAGACCACUAUCGAGGUGAACGCCCAGGUACUUGUUCGUGGAUACUUACUUUACUGUCUUAUUUCCAAUCCUGAUGGUUGAACUUGGGGCUCGAGCUAACCUUUGGUGAGUUCCAAAAAGCAUACAUACUGGUUUGGCCGGGAAUUAUCAUCUUGUUGGAUUGAAGGCACUAGAGCACGUUUUCAAAUUCAUAAUUGAGCACAUCUUCAAUGUAGUUGGACCGGAUGUAAAAACAACUGAAUCGUCGGCGUACAUAAAGGUGGAGGCUCUUUGGAGAACACGUUGCAUAUCAUUCACAUAAAGGAUAAAUAGAGGGGGCCUAAAAUGCUUCUCUGCGAACUCCCCCUCUAAUCGCGACAUUCUGGGGUGGGGAUAUUACACUUUUAAAGAACACGAAUUGUUGUCCUGCUGUUAGAUAACUAGUAAACAAUUGUAACCCUUUAUCCUGCAUCCAAUAAAUUCUGUAUGGAUUCAAAAUUGAAUCCAAAAAAGGGCACUUAAGAUAAUUUUUCCGUGUGCUGAUGGCUACUCAGAUGCCCUUAGCACGGGUGGAAACCCCAGCGUGCAGGAGAGAUAAGAUAUGUGAGGAGUACAUGUGCAAAAUGAAGGACUUAACACCCUCUUCAUCCUCUUCUACCAACACUGCGCCUAGACGAUACCUGCCCCUACACCCUAAGGCACAAAAUCAGGCCAGCUGUACUUCUAUAAAAACGUUACUAACUGUAGAACGAAGCUCGCUGAAGACUUUUUCACUUUUAUCUUUUAAUCUAGUUUUUCUAACUUUUAAACUCUGUGAAUGCAAAUGAUGGCAAAGAUUAUCGGCGGGAUUUUUUGAUGAAGGCAAAGAUGGGGAAAGGCUGUGUACACCCUUUCCCUUUUUGUAAGAUAUAAAAAUAAUUGAAUUUACGCACUUGAUAUUUGUAACGCCCGAUAAUAUUUGCCAUCAUUUGCAUUCACAGAGUUUAAAAAUAACGCCCAAAACGGUAACUCAAACCUAACUCAUCACAGCUCAAACGCAACUCUAACCUGCGAUCAGACGAAAAAACCUGAUCGCAAGUUAACUCAACUCAGACUCGUAACUCGAUCGUUAUCCUAUGUCCUCAUGGAAUAAAUGAUAAAAAUUAAAUAGUAUCAGCCAUGGAUAUGCAGGCUAUGUUACUUAUUUACUACAGUACAGAACUGACAAAUUUUAUUACUACGACGAUUUUACCUGAACUAAUGGCUGCAUGUAAAACGUUCCCGCUGGAGGGCAUACUUGAUAAACUUGUAGACCAUCUUCCUAAAAAAUAAGGAAGCAUCUAUAUAAAAAAACCUGAUCGCAAGUUAACUCAACUCAGACUCGUAACUCGAUCGUUAUCCUAUGUCCUCAUGGAAUAAAUAAUAAAAAUUAAAUAGUAUCAGCCGUGGAUAUGCAGGCUAUGUUACUUAUUUACGACAGUACAGAACUGACAAAUUUUAUUACUACGACGAUUUUACCUGAACUAAUGGCUGCAUGUAAAACGUUCCCGCUGGAGGGCAUACUUGAUAAACUUGUAGACCGUCGUCCUUAAAAAUAAGGAAAUACAAGCAUCUAUAUGAGGCCUAAUCAAGCAAGCAGAGAAGAAACGUUUUACGCCUGGCUCAAAAUAAACUAAAAUGCUCAAACGACAUACUUUUUAUUUGAAUUAGUAUUAUUUUUCAACACAAGGUAAAAAUCACACAAUAAAAUGUUUUAGCGUCUGAACAACUACGCAUAACAUACCUUCACACAAUUUAACACGAGCGAAAUUUCAUCAAAUAACUCACGGGAUAGAACUAAGUACCUUUGAUGCAAUGAUUGAACACAGUUUUGAAAGGAACUCUAUGGCUGAGUGUCCGCUCUCCUUUGCUUCAAGCUCGUUAGAGCCCAUAACUAGAUUAUGAGCAAGAUCUGUUGCCAUUUGCAAUACUUGCGGACCAGAUGCAGGGACAGCGGUGAUAACAUGCUCCAGAAUCUUCUGAAGUAUGCUGUGAUAUAUAAACAAAAAAAAUACACAGAAGAAUAGUAAACACCAUGACCAUUGCCUGAUAUCCUAUAUAACAGUGAGAAUUAUGACUGGCUUAUUUUUUUAUAAUUUCCAACGUCUGUCAGGAGGGCGUUGUUGGUCAACAUGCGCUUAUGUCUACUCCUCUUUUGCUACUACUAAAACAGUGGAUGCCUUGAAUCAGGGGGCUGAUAACUGGUUUGGGAGAUUGCCAGGAAUACAGUUCUAGUAUUUGGUCCGGAGUUGGGUGACUUCCACCCUAAUUCCAUCUAACAAAGCAGUUAAAAGCAUUUGUGUCAGCCCUCCAAGUUUAUCACAAGUCAUGCCGCUUCAGUCUAGUACAGUUCUCGUCCACAGCACAGAGGGAAAAGCCCACAAUUUCGUAACGGCACUCUCUUUCGAAAAGGCAAGAAAUUAUUGUAAUGUUAACACAUUGGACACAUUUUCAUCCAUGGCAACAUGCUAGCCUAGCUUAGCCUAAAGCCGAAGUGACAACAGUUAUCGCACAGUCAUCGUCUUUAUCCUAUUAGCCUCUGUCAGUAAGGUAUUUAACAGCACUCUUGCCAAACCGAGUUCACAAACUACAUCCGGUUAACAUUAGCUGUUAGAUAAAGUAUAAAGAACUGUAUUUUGUAGGUUCCCCUUUGUGUUUGGGGUGCCAGUUGUCUGUGUGCUGGAAUUUGUUGAACAUUUUUGUUAAAUAUGUUGAAUGGCGUAUUUAAACAUGAUUCAAGAAGGCAUGUUACACUUGAUCAACAAAUUCAUGUUUAGGUGUAUGUCACCGGCUUAAGAAUCAGGUUAAGCUAACCCUAAUAGUUAAAUACAGUGUUAACCUGAGAACUUACAUUACCUAUUACAUUCACAACUACAAUUACCUGAUAUAACUUUUUACAUCCUCAACAGUCAAUUCAUUGAUGAAAUUUGGAAGCACCGAUGUGAACAACAUGCUCUGCUGAAAUCCUUGAACUAUUGCAAUGACAGUAGGUGACAUUGGUACAACAGAACAAACCUUGUUGAUGAUUUCUAAAAUCUGAUGGAUGAUUUCAUUUGUUAAUUUGUCCUUGGAAAGAUUAAGGAUGUAUUCCCAGAAUGUAGAAAACCUGAAAAACAAAUUCAUUCAAAGCAGUAAACACAGAUACAAAGAUGACAUCUAUCUACUUGAAAGAACACCCAAGUGUAACUCAUAAGGAUGUGAAGUAUCAGUAAAGAUAAAAUACUGAGAAAAAAAACAAACAAAUGUAGAAAAUAAAUAUCUUACUUUUUGUGAUUUAUGGGCCAGAUUUAAUAAAAAGCAAAACGGGAGAUCGCCUCCAUGACUUUGUGUUGAACAAGACAACGAGGUUUAUUUUGUCCUAGCCAAAGGGAAAAUUGAUUUGAAAGCGGACUUUCAAUUAUUGUUUUUCUUUUCAAACUGCCAGCGAACGGCAGUAGUAAAACCUACGUGUAGAGUAACGUUUACACGUAGUCGUGUUUAUCUGGCAAAAUUAAAAAAGGAGGGUUCAGAGUCUUUUCGAGUAAUUUGAUGAAAAUGUGUAAUGACUUAUGCUUACCACGGAAGCUGCUUAUUGCGUGAUUUCGGCGGCCAUAUUGUGGGGAUCAAUGUGUGCCAGUGGGUUGUAAUUUGCAAUUACAUUCGGCAACUGCAUUCGCAAUCACUAGUCAAUUUUAGAUCUUUUUCCCUGUCUACUGAAAAUGUUGAUUGAGUUAUUAGCUUCUCUCAUUUUUUCUUUUGCAAAUAAAGGUCAUGAUGUUCUUAACCCUUUCUAAAGUCCCAAGAGUGACCAACAGCAAUUUUCUUCUAACAAUUUCAAUAUGUAAUUUAAAAAAACGUUUAUGAGAAUAAAUAAAAUGGCCACCUAAGGGAAAAUUCUCUCAACUAAUCCUGUAAGGAAAUGUAUAGAGAUCAGUUUGGAGAAUUUGUUUGUGGAUAAUGGAGCUUGAAGGGUUAAGGGGAUGCGCCUCUUGUCUUUUCAUAACGUUAUGUUUACAUAUGCACGUGAAUAAGGCAAAAUUUUAGUUAAGCAACAGUUUUCCAAAUACAAAAAAUGCAAGCUAAAGGGGUCUAUUGCUCGUACUUUCUUCGUCCUACACUGCUCCUGCACAUGUUGUACACCGAAGUCACGUUUGAGUAUAAAAAACUGAAAACGUCACGAGGGAUACAAUCCACUUAGAAGACCGUUUUCACUCGUUUCUAAUGCAAUAAUUAUAAUUAUGUAUAAAUAUUAUAGAUACCUUGUAAUUUCAAUCGCAGUUCCAGAUGAACCAUUGUUUUUUGCAGAGUUUGAUAAAUGUCUCAGAAAUGACUCAAUUUUAGUAUCACUUAAGCAACACCUUUGAAAAGAAAUGGAAGGAGUAAAAAGAAACGCUUAUUGGACUGCAGCUACAAUAGCGGAAGUGGUAGCGGUUACUCUCACAAAAAUUCAAAAAGUACUCCUUUUAUUGCAACAAUAUUUCAAAGCAGAAGGUUAGCAUUGUCAAACCAAACAUCUCCAGCUUACAAAUAACUGGUGAUUCGUCCGCGCUCAGUACUGUAUGCGAUUCACGGAAGCACUAAUGGGCUGAUUUAGCAACAGAACGGAAACGUCUGUUGACGACUGGAAAGCGCGCGGAGAGGACUAAACGCGACUUCCUGUGCCCAAUUUUCGACUCUGCCAUUGGUCAAGCCAGUUGUUUGAUCAGAGUGCGCGUGCCGUCGUCAGCUGACUUUCCCAUUGUGUUGCUAAAUCAGCCUAAUGAUAAUUACCAAUUCACCGACUGCAUGAUGUCUCGACAUCGUUCAUUUUCAGUAAACAAGGGCAAUAAUCGCACUGUAAAUUUACAUGUAAUCAAGAUCAAACAUAACUCUGCGCUAUGUGGUUGAAAUGAAAGUAAAUAAGUAAAUAAUAAUUGUUAUUAAAAAAUUGCAUCUCCUUGUGUUUCCAAAUAUUCGGCGAUUGCAGGAGCAGAACCCUGUGCAAUAUCAACCCUCAUCAAUCACUAACAAAAAAUUAAUAUUUCGUCUUUUGUGAGAGGACUUCUGGCUAUAUAGCCCUGCCUGUUUGAAAAUUGAUCAAUUUAGUAUACCUACUUUUCUAUAUCCUGUUCCAGUGCGAUUCCAUCCUUCCUGCUACACUUUGUUACUUCCACAAUAUCUCCCACAGCCAGCUGAAGAUGAAAUCCUUCAUGAUCAGUAUCAUUUUCGUUGAGAAAGUUAACACUGAGUUCAGACAGCGAAAAACUGCCGGUAUCCCCUUGUCUUCUGUGAUCUUCCUUUACGCACGCAUUUGCUGUCUUAUUAGAUUUCCAUACCACAACGCCUCGUACUCUAUGUUGUCUUCCUUGAUCAAGGUCCAAAUCAGAAAGAUCUUCUUCACUCUCCGAGUCAUCUGCAAAUUGUUUGAGUUCAACAAAGAACUCUUUGGACUGAGAAACAGAUGUAAGGUGUAAGCGCUCUGACUUCUUUUUUUCUAUAAAACAUUUAACCAAUUUGUAGCGCAAUUUGUACGUUGUGUGAUGUUGUUCAAGUUUGUAGUCACGAUGUACAAAUUCGGAUAGAACCGGCUUCGCAUUUGUCAAAAAGCCCUCAAAAUCUUCCUCCAGUGUGCCAAAUAAAGAAGGAUUGGAGCAAAUACCUGAUUCUUGCAUAUAUUCUACAAGUUUCUUAGCCCCAUCUGAUGCCAUUUUCAAUUCGUAUUGAUAUAAUUCAUUUACAGAAUAAUAUGAAUGUUAAUAGCAACAUGACGAAUAACUUUUCCUAUGGGAGGGGGAUGUGGUUUAUUCCAUGCACGUCACUUCAACAGUUCUGUUAGAGAUUUUUUCCAAAAAAAAGUUUUAAGGAGCUUUUACUGUGCUAUGUAAAAAAUUUUUCUCUUGUCCAUAAAAAAUAAUAGAAAUAAUCGUCGCUCAAGGCAAGCCCAAAAAUAAUUUCUGCAUCUCACCUCCGGUUGGUCGCCGAUGACAUGUUAAUGAACCAUCUUUUCCGAGAAUUGUAAAAACCACAAAGGUCAUUUCCGGAAUCUCUCAUUCCAUAGACUACGGCGGCCGUCAGUGGCCAUCUAAAAUCAAACCUGACGCAAUUUACGAACUAAGAAGUCGAUUCAAACAGCCUAUUUUAAACCUGACAACUUCUAUCCUUUUAGUUUGCACAUUACUGUCAGCGAGUACCACUCUUUGUUGAAAGGACACUAGACUAAACUAUCAGCCUUCAUAAUUGAUCCUAGAUAUGAUGCUAUCUGUGACGGUACAGACAUAACUGACUAACUGUGAAUGAGGGCAAUCUCUGACUUUUGCCACCGAACAUAGGAACUUCAGCUGCUAUGGAAACAUCUUCAAUAGAUUGCAGUUUUCAGGUAUACGUCACAGCCACUGUUUUUUUUAUCCCAGAGGAACUUGCAGGCAUCCGCUAGAGAUGAAGAUACGCGAGAGUGGCCUACAUUCCCAAUUCCGCGACUUAUUUUAGCAGCUUCCUCCAAACUGUCUACAGUGUUUGGUCCUGAGAAUGCUUGACUUCAUUUCCUGGUGCAGUUGGUCCAGCCGUCUUGGAGCCUUGUUACCCUUAUAUACAUGGUUUCAGGUGGACUAAGGAGCUGUGAAACAAGUCACGAGUACAUUCAACACAAGAUUACUGAACAAAUCAGGUUGUUACAACCACCUUUCCUCGCUGGAUGGCGUUCCCCGAAUUUGGACAGGCCAACAAUUAAAUUUGUAAAGCUCGCCGAAAGACUAAAACUUUCUUGAUGACAGCCUUUGGUACUCGUCGAGUUUUUCUUUUAACUUACCUGCGAUUUUUUUUUUUUUGCGGGGUCGGUUUUUUUUUCCGGGUGCUUUAUUUCCAAGAUAUUGCGAUUAUUGUUUAAAAAAAGGGUUCCCUAAAAUUUUGGUAUGAAGAUAAAACUAAUUUCUUUACACUAAGUCCCGAACUUUCGACCGAAUCCAUCAAGAAAGCUGAAACUUUCGGAUGAGCAGCUACAAAUUAACCAAACAGGUGUCUAAGGCAUAGAGAAAACCAUUUGAGGCACUUCUGAUGUAUUGGGAAACGGACGUUUGGUGUGCCCCUGACGGUCUCAUUAAUAGUGAUUCUUUGCACGGAUCCUGAAUUAAAAACGUGACUGAAGAUUACGUUUGGGUCAAGGUAAAUGCCAUAAUCUUCCUUAUUUCAGUGAAUUAUCUCAGCAUUUUUAAGUUACAAAAUCUGUAGAUCUUCAUUACUCCGCUUAUUUUAUUCCAUCUGUUUAAUAAGCUAAACGUUCUACAGAAAUGAUGCUUUUAACGUUAAUCCUUUCAAUCGUUUUGAUGCCGCAUGUGAUGGAAACAGUGACACCACAGAAACAAAAGCAGUUGGAUUCCAAAGCGAUUCCAUGUAACAUCAACAACAACUUGUACGCUGCAGGUCCAAAUAAAAAGGUUGGGGAUAUGAUCAUCGAGAUGAAUAGAAAACUAGACGACAUUCAAAACAAGCUAAAAAAUUUAACACAGAAAGAAAACAACGGUAAAGGUUAGUGCUGUUAGUCAUGCCACUUUCUUUUUCAAGUCUUUUGGUGAAAGUGUGAGCGACAGAAAAGGAAUUGCUGCCCGGUAAGAGAGUAGAGAUUUAAUUGAAAAAUGAGUAGGAUGGCAUUAAUUAACAAGCCUUGGACCGUGUAACUUAAAAACCAGGUUGUAAUGGUAGUCCUGUUCAGUUAGUCCUGUAUUCUGAUUGGCAAACGCAGCACAGAGUACCUAAAGAGAAACCUGUAUCUAAAGCGGACCCAUUAUGAGCGGACACUUUGUGUGUGGUUCCUGAAUCGAACUCUUCUGUAUUUAGCGAAAUCUUCUUUUAACCGGGUACUGGCGAAGGUUCCUAGUGUGUUAGCUUGUGAAUAGCUAACAUUGAGUUUCUCCUAACAAUACAUAAUCGAGAGAAAAGGUAUAAGAAUUUACCAAAUGCAAAAAUGUUGUAUCUCUUAACAAAUUGUCUUAACUCAUUCCAUUAAAGGAAGUAUAAAUAUAUGGAGGCCAGUACAGUCUAGAGACAGUCGCGCGUGGAUAUUCAGGUUAUUGAGUUUAUACAAGAUUUACGAAAUUGUGAUGUUUCGCACAGUAUAAAACAAGUCUUUUCGACUGUUCAAGAACAGGAAUUUGUUUAGCUGUACUGGCCCCACUUAACGUUUCAUCGUGUAACAGGAUCUUUGAAAUGACAUUUGGCAGGUUUUCAUCACCACAAAAACUGCGCUGAACUGUACAAAUCCGGUGAACGUGCAAACGGUGUUUACACGAUUGACCCCGAUGGUACAGGUCCCUUUGAUAUAUUUUGUGACCAAACAACAGCUGGCGGCGGGUGGAUUGUGUUCCAAAAGCGACUUGAUGGCUCGGUUGAUUUCUAUCGCGGUUGGACAGACUACAAAGUUGGCUUCGGUAACUUGAAUGGUGAGUUUUGGCUGGGACUAGACAAGAUAAACAGGUUGACGAAAACAGGAAACAGACUUCGAGUAGACCUGGAAGAUACUAGAGGCAAAGCUGUCUACGCUGAAUACGAUAUGUUUGCAGUUACCAGUGAGAGGACUAAGUACAAGCUAAGUCUUGGAACAUACUCAGGUAAGUCUAAUUUUGAGGUUAAAUGUUCCUUUCUGCCUGCAAUCGGUGACAACAGUGCUGAGGCAGUGUGGUUAAAUGGGGGCAUAUUUCGGAGAGCAAAACAACCUGACCCUUUCCUAACCCUCCACUUAAAGUUAGGUUUAGUAUUGUUUGCUGCAGGUGGCCAAUGGACAGUGGAACGGCAUUCAUAAGUCGGGGUUGGUAGGGAAAGCUUCAAUUUUCCUUUUCGAAGUGAGUAAUGGCGCGCAAAAACGACGAGCAGAAAAAAGGGAAAAGUGUCAAAAUUAUUAGAAACGAACAAGCAUCAUGGCGAAAAGGAACAAUUUUUAAUUUUAAGUGAAUGAGGCCUACAUAAUACUUAAUCCUUUAAGCCCCAACAUCAACACGCAUCUUCUCCACACUGUUCUUUAUACAGUCCUUAUGGUACUCCUUGAGAGAAUUUGUUCUAAUGAAUGAAGCUGACCAUCUUAUGAAGAAUUAUGGAGAUCUAGGAGGGUGUUAUCCACCCUCCGAGAUCUCCAUAAUUCUUCAUAUGAUACGAAAGCCGAAUUCAAUAAUUGUUUUAGUAUUCAUUCAAAGUAAUUCCUAGUUUAAAAACAUAGCUAAAACAUGCUUACCUCCAUCGAUGUCAAAUUCAUCUUCGAUAGUGCAAGUUUAGGGUUGUUCAGCUCCGCAAGUAUUCUCCAAAUAGCAGAUAUCACCCUUGGAGUUGUCUUCUUGCUGUUCUUGACAUGUUUUUAGCUAUUAUUUUGCCUAGUUCUUACUCUUGAAACGAGUGAAAUGUCCGCCAUUUUUGUUUCCACAACCAAAACAACUCAACCUCGUCCCCAGGUCUUCUCGGUUAACGAUGCAUUAACCUGCAAAAACGCUGCAUUUUUUAUGUCAUUUCCUCGCUAAACACGAAAUUCUUCCAAAUUUGGUCAUCAGCAACUGGUUAUGGUGAAUUAUGCGUGUGCUUUUUGCCAAUCAGAAUCGGGAAAAUGUUUUGAAUGAAUAAUAAUAGUUAAUAACAAUUAAAUAUGAAUUAAAUAAUAAAUAUAAUUUACUGCACAACGAUUAAAUGUUUGACAAGAAACUUAUUAUCUGAUUUUGCUGGAAGGAACUGCUGGAGAUUCUCUGUCGUCUCACCGCGGUUUACCAUUUACAACCAAAGAUCAGGACAAUGACAGAUAUAACGCUGCGAACUGUGCUGUCAGCCAUAAAGGUGGCUGGUGGUAUGGCAGUUGUCACAGUUCCAAUCUGAAUGGCUUGUACCUUCACGGACAACACUCGUCAUAUGCAGACGGUGUCAACUGGUUUGCGUGGAAAGGAUACAAGUACUCGGCAAAAAGAGCAGAAAUGAAGAUCAGGCCACAAACGUUUUAA